AUGCUUUCUACUACUGCUUAUUCCUUAUUGGCUCCCAUUUUCUUCUUUCUAACGCUACUUUUUCCUUCAAAUGCUCAAUUAAGUGCAACCUUCUAUUCAAGUACAUGCUCGAAUGUGUCAUCAAUUGUAAGGAAUGCUGUUCAGCAGGCUCUGCAAUCUGAUUCCCGUAUUGGCGCAAGCCUCACUCGCCUCCAUUUUCAUGAUUGCUUUGUCAAUGGAUGUGAUGCCUCCAUUUUGUUAGACCAGGGUGGCAACAUCACACAGAGCGAGAAAAAUGCUGCUCCCAACUUCAAUUCCAUUCGGGGCUUUGGUGUAGUUGACAACAUCAAGAGCUCUCUUGAAAGUUCAUGCCCUGGCGUUGUAUCUUGUGCUGAUAUUCUUGCUCUUGCAGCUGAAUCUUCCGUGAGCUUGUCAGGGGGUCCUUCAUGGAACGUGCUACUUGGAAGAAGGGACAGUCUAACUGCGAACCAAGCUGGGGCCAACACCUCUAUUCCUUCUCCAUUUGGAAGCCUAGCCAACACCACAUCCAAAUUUACUGCUGUUGGCUUAAACACAAAUGAUCUCGUUGCAUUAUCUGGUGCACAUACUUUUGGUCGUGCCCAAUGCCUAUCUUUCUCCCAAAGGCUGUUCAACUUCAGUGGCACUGGAAGCCCUGAUCCAACACUGAAUUCAACAUAUUUGGCUACUCUUCAGCAAAAUUGUCCACAAAAUGGAAAUGGGUCAACUUUGAACAACCUUGACCCUUCAUCCGCUGACACUUUUGACAAUAACUAUUUCAGCAAUCUUCUUAUCAACCAGGGUCUUCUACAAACAGACCAGGAACUCUUUUCCACUAAUGGCUCUUCCACAAUCUCCAUUGUUAACAACUUUGCCAACAACCAAACAGCAUUCUUCGAAGCCUUUGCUCAGUCAAUGAUCAAUAUGGGUAAUAUAAGCCCUUUAACGGGAACUCAGGGAGAAAUCAGAACCGAUUGUAAGAAAGUCAAUGGAAGUUGA